UCACACGAUCAGAAACAUAGAUAUGACGAAGCUAGCAGCGACCUCUCUCCUCAUCCUCGCUGUGGUUCUGCUGAUAAAUGGCGUGCAAUCUGUCAAGCAAUCGGUCAAGGCUCCUGCGCCUGCACCAUCUGACAAGUUUCCCGGGAAGAAACCACGUGUCGGAGUGAAGAGCGGGCACUCCCAUGUGUACAAGAUGUUUGUGUUCGGCGACUCUUUCGCCGACAACGGCAACCUCCCGAGGUGGUGCUCUAGCCCGAUCACCCGGCAGUGGCACUACCCAUACGGUGCCUCCUCCUUGGCCGCCAACAGCCUCCGCCCCACGGGCCGCUUCUCCGACCACCUGGUCCAGCCUGACAUCCUCGCCACGAUGCUCAACAUGGGCAGACUUGAGGGCCCGCCGGCGUGCAAGAUGACGUUGAAGAAUUACUGCAACGCGUUCGGCAUGAACUUCGCCGUCGGCGGCUCGGGCGUCUUCGAGCCGUUCCUGCCACCGCUGCCGCACCGGCUCAAGCUGACGACGCUCGCUGCCCAGAUUGACCAGUUCGAGAAGCUCCUCCAUGACCGCGUCAUCGGGAGCUGGAACCUCGAAGACUCCAUCGCCCUCGUCGCCAUCUCCGGCAACGACUACACCCGCGUCGCCAACGCUAGCAGCAACGAGAUCUUUGCGUUUGUCAAGAACGUCACGACGGAGAUCGCGGCGAACGUGAAGAGGCUGCAGGACCUCGGCAUCAACAAGAUCCUCGUAAACAACCUUCACCCUCUCGGGUGCACGCCAUGGCAGGCCAGGCCAAGCAACUACACCAAGUGCGCCGGCUUACCCAACGUGGGAUCCAGCGUCCACAACACCGAUCUCCUCGAUAAGCUCGGCGGGAUGGAGAACGUCAAGAUCGUCGACCUCAACACCGCCUUCUCCAAAAUCGUCGGCGAACAACCCCCUGGGUCGGGGUCGGAGCUGGCGAAGCGGUUCAAGUAUACGCUGAGGCCGUGCUGCGAGAGCUCGGAUCCGGACGGCUUCUGCGGGGAGUGGGGCGAGGACGAGCAUGAUCGGCUGUACACGCUGUGCAAGGACCCGAGCAAGCACUUUUACUGGGACGAUGUGCACCCCACGCAGGCUGGAUGGCAGGCCGUCAUGGACCAGCUCAAAGUUGAGAUCCAGGAGUUCCUCGACGUGUUCUAGCUUGGCUAGAUAUUGUUCCAUGCGUGCCGUGUUAGUAAUUUUUUGGUUCGUUGGGUCGUCUGUUAAUUGUCGGUUUCGAGUGUCGUUUAGGUUGGUUGUUUUUGGACGGCACUAUCUCGAUGCCAUAGUUGUGUGAGUUAUGUUUGCAUCUUGUUUUGUUGGUCUUCAUGGAAUGGUUCAGUUCUCCGGAAAUUAAUCAACAAUCAGCUAGUACUAGAUGCCUUUUAUUUCUCAAAGGCCAACGUUUUGCGAUCUUCUCUCCUCUGUUCGACGCAGUUUCUGCAGAGCACAUUGCCCUGGCCAAAUGCACAUUAGUGCUGCUGAGCUUUGUUUAAAAAAUCCAUUUGUACAGCCAAAUUCUAGAUCCAGA